UGGGUCUAUCGAUGGAAUCAAGAUGGCGACUCUGGCAAAAGCGCCAAUAUAUUUACUGAAGUAAAUAUCUAAUAUUAAGCGAUACAGUGGCCUUUUCUAAGGUCCUUAGGGGUUCCGUGAAACAUACAGACAAGAAAUAUGUCUUUGAAGAGGAAUUGACUGUUAUUUAUACCGUAACAAAGUCAGCGAGAUGUGCGAGAGCUAUGCCCGCUCGCUGCUGCGUGUUUCAGUGGCGCAGAUCUGCCAAGCUCUGGGCUGGGAUGCGGUUCAGCUCACUGCUUGCGAUCUGCUGUCUGAUGUGCUGCAUAGAUACAUCCAGCAGCUGGCUAGAGUGUGCCAUCGAUACUCUGAGUUAUACGGAAGAACGGAUCCAGUGCUGGACGAUGUCAGCCAGGCCUUCAGACUGCUGGGGGUCAGCCUGAGCGAACUGGAAGACUAUGUCCACAACCUGGAGCCUGUGGCCUUUGCCCAGCAAACGCCACUCUUUCCUGUUAGCAAAAACAAUGUCCUGCAGUUUCCUCACCUUGGAGCUAGAGAUGCAGAGGAAAGAAAGGAUUACAUUCCAGAUUAUAUGCCACCCUUGGUCUCCUGUCAAGAAGAAGAGGAGGAGGAAGAGGUCCCACCUGACAUGGGCACUUCAGCUGAAGCUAUGCAGGUGGCACUAGAAGAAGAUGAAGAAGAAAUAGAUGAAGAUGAAACAGUCAAUGAUGAGAACCACCCUCUAAAGAGGCACCUGGACAGUCCUGAUGCAACUUUGGGCAUGAUUCCCACCUCCAAGAGACCGCGCAUGUACCCUGGCCUCAGCCCAGAAUGGGGUGUUGAGCCCAGGGAGCCCCUUACCUCCCUCAACCCACAGCGUGUUCCUCCAGGCAUACUGCCUUCUCACGACAGCCUUGACCCCCUGUCCCCUGAGACACCUUCUGGAACCCUGCCUUCUUUCAGACCUCAGCCAGUUAUACCAAAACACACUGAUCAAAAAGGCCUCAUCACUCCUACAAGGAAACCUAAGGUCUCGUCCCCUGGGAGACAAAGGACUAAGUCCCCAAAGGGCGUUAUUCCAGUUCCAGUGGUUGGUAGUCCUAUCCAUUCUCCAAAACCAUCUAAAGAAAGGAAGAAGUCCCCAGGUAGGACAAAAAGUCCUAAAAGCCCCAAGAGCCCAAAGUUGAGUUCAGCUAAAACACCUCAACCUCAGAUAAAGCCAGAUGGUCUCCAUAAGCUUCAGCUGUCCGCUCUGAGUGAGAGAAUGGAUAAAGAGAACAUUCAUAUGCGUCGAAAUAUAGAGGAGAGGGAGCUAGCUGAAGACCCUUUCAAGAAACUAGAACCUGAUAAUACAGCCAUUGAUGACUCUAUAGAUGCUGUGAUAGCCAGAGCAUGUGCUGAGAGGGAACCUGAUCCCUUCGCUUUCUCCUCAGGCUCUGAUUCGGAUAGCAAUGGAUUCUCCAGUCCAAGGAGGCUGACCAUUAUGGAGCCGUCUACACCUAAAGCCCCCAUAGGGGUCAGCAACCUUUUAAAAGACACUUCAACACCUCUUCACAUACAGCCGCAUCUAGGCCUUGGAAAUUGGACUAUGGAUGAUUCCAUCAAUGAGGUGAUUCGGAAGGCCAACCAGGGCGGUCCAGCCGCACCCCCUCAAAUCCCAGCAGAAUGUGUCUCGUCGGGAUCAGCCUCACCGCCGACCCCUGAGCCUCUGCUCAAGGUGUUUGAGGAGAAGAAUAAGAUGGUUUCAUCUUCAGAUGUGAAGAAAAAGCUGAAGAAGGAGCUCAAAACUAAGAUGAAGAAGAAGGAGAAAGAUAAGCCAAAAGACAAAGACCGGGAAAAAGAUAAGAGCAAGCUCAAAGAGAAGAAUAGGGAUAAGAAUAGGGACAAAAACAAGGAGUUUUCCAAGGAUAUCAAGAUGCCAUGGAAGGAGUUUGCAGUGAAGGAUGAAGACCACUUUUCUUCCCAAGACUUUACUCUGCCCGAGGGCUCCAUCAAGAUUAAAUCAAGAGAUGGAGAUGGCCUUAAGAAGGAGAAGGAGAAACAUAAAGACAAAAAGAAGGAUAAAGAAAAAAGUAAAAAGGACAAGGAUAGGCGGGACAAGGGGAAAGACAGAAACAAGGAGGACAAACAGAAACAAUCUGCAUUAUCCCCUUUUGCUCUGGGUGAAGUCGCUCCACUGUUCAGUCCCUCAACCUGCCUACGCAUACCCUCCAUGUUGCCUCCUUUAGCCCCGAUCCUUCAGGACAAGGAGAUAAAGAACAAAGAGAAGGACAAGAAAAAAGACAAGAAAGAAAAAAAGAAAAAGAAAGACAAAGAGAAGGACAAGGAGCGAGAGAAGGCCAAAGAAAAAGAGAGGGAGAAAGAAGAGAAGAGGAAAGAAAAGGAGAGAGAAAAGGAGAAACGGGAAAAAGAGAAAGAAAAAGAAAAGGAGAGGAUUCGAUUGGAGAAGGUAAAAAUAGAGACUCCAGCAGCCUUACCAUCUCCAGUCAUCCCCAGGCUGACCCUCAGGGUGGGAGCUGGCCAGGACAAAAUUGUUAUCAGCAAGGUGGUUCCAAAUUCAGAGCCCAAGAUGCCAGCACCCAGGACUCCUGCUGCCAAGUCAGGCCCUGGGAAUCGUCCACGGUCACCCCCUCCACCCCCAAUACUUUCCCCAGUUGUACCAACUCUGCCGCCACCCCCCUCCCCACUUCCACCCACCCUUCCUCCAACAUCCUCUUUGCUCUCCCCGCCCUCAAUGCUGCCUCCCACUGCUUCCAUCAAGACACCAGUCCGCAGUGUAGUUACUGAGACUGUCAGUACCUAUGUGAUUCGGGAUGAAUGGGGAAAUCAGAUCUGGAUUUGUCCUGGAUGCAACAAGCCGGAUGAUGGCAGUCCUAUGAUAGGAUGUGACGACUGUGAUGACUGGUAUCAUUGGACUUGUAUCGGGCUCCAUGCAGCGCCUCCUGAGGACCAGCAGUGGUUCUGCAUUAAAUGUUCCAGCAAGAAGAAGGACAAAAAACAUAAGAAAAGGAAACACAAACCACAUUAAGACUAUGCAGAAGCACAUAUUUUGGACUUUAUGGACUAAAGCCAUCAUUGAACACUUGUGGGACUGCUGUAAAAAUAAAAAAGAAAGUUAAAAUUA